CAUUGCGGGAACAACCACGCGAACACAAUGGCAGCUUCGUCGAGACAAGCGACGGCGAUACCGCGAUUCCUCCUACCCCAACUUUCGUGGUCCGCAAAGGCAGCUCGGCCAGCAGCACGAGGCGCACUGGAAGGCAGGCGGCAUCGAUCCUGUGCGGCUUCUGAAGGACGCGCUACGACCCUUCAACCCUCGUUACUUCAAGCACACGCAAUACGACAAUGGCAAAAGAGGUCACCACCACAAUACGCUUCUGGCUAUGCCUCUGCUCUAGAGUUUAGGCGCAACUUCAGCGCAAGCGCACCGCAAUCAAAGGACCACCAUUUCGACACACUCAAGUUUGUUCAACGGCUGAAAGAUGAGGGUUUCACAGAGGAACAAGCAGAGGGUAUGAUGAAGGUUCUUAGCGACGUGAUUGAGGAGAGCAUCCAAAACCUCACGCGCACCAUGGUCCUCCGCCAGGACCAAGAGAAAGCGACGUACACACAGAAAGUCGACUUUGCCAAACUCCGCUCCGAGCUCAUGACGGCCGACUCGACGGAAUCGUCGCUUACCCGCGCGUCGCACGAGCGCCUCACCAAUGAACUGGCGAAACUUAACUCGCGGCUGAGAGAUGAGAUACAGCGGACCCAGGCCAGCGUGCGGUUGGAUUUGAACCUGGAGAAGGGCCGCAUACGGGAGGAGGCGAAUGUGCAGGAGUUGAAGUUGAAGGAGACGGAUACGAGGAUCGAGCAGGAGACGGCACAGUUGAGGGAAAGGCUGGAGGCGGUCAAGUUCUCGACACUGCAGUGGUUGAUGUAUGUUGCUCCAGGGCGAUUGAUGCUUGGGUGGUACACGGCUAACGUAUUGAUAGGGGUGUUUGCACGGGUACCGCGGCGCUCAUGCUCGGUGUUUGGCGUUUGCUGAUGUGAGGGUUGUCAUGUGUAUUCGUUAGUAGAGACGUGAAGAGGGUCGGAUCGCUCCUAGGAGGAUAGCGAUGAGAGGGAGACGCGCUGCAUGCUAGAUUCAGUCCCAAACGAGAAGAUGGUGCAGAGUGUGGUACAAGCAAGACAUUUGGAUGAUUGUGGCUCGGAGAUGCGGCAUGCAUAACUAUGUUCCAUGUGCAGAAAGCAUGCGCUAUUCAGGCAAUUCAUAACAUGCGCGCUGACAUGAAGGGACGGUAUAACCCCCCCUCCCCUUCAGAGUGGUAGAUUAUAACCGAGAUGCUGGUCUGUUUGUUUGUCUCAAGUAGACAAAGAGGCCGUGGACGAACAGUCUGAAACACGAGCAAAUGGGCGUAGUCAAGUCUAUCACAAAGUGACACG